UCUCCUCCCCUCAUGUUCACUCCUCCCCCUCCAAGUAUCUGCACUUUCAUAGUCAUUCAUUGCGCCUCCAUUGGAUUCACACGCUGCUUUCCUCCCGUGGUAGUUUGGACGAUGUUUGCGUGCAGAGCAGCCUGGCAGAGGUGUGGGCCUCUGGCGCGACAGUCCCUGAACCGCGCACACCUCUAUAGAGAUGUAGUUCCACGGAGGCUCAUGUCAUCGGUCCCUGGCGGCUCCGGUGAGAAUUUGCUUUACGCUGUCCUCUGUGGUGGAGCCUUCGCAGGUGCCUUGGCAUAUGCUUACAGAACCGUUGCAACAGACAAAGCACGUUUUGCUGACCGUGUUUCUGAAAUUGAUGCUCGUCCCAAGUCUGAGUGGAAACCCAAACCAUGGCCACCCAAGAGUGGAGAGAAUGGCGAUGAAGAAGCUGGUGCAGAGGAGGCAGAAACCGUAGAGAGCGCAGCUGAGGAGGAUGUAGCUGCUGAAGCACCUGAGGUCUUGCUGGAAACAGCCAAGGCCACCAGAGAGGAGACGGGGACCCUUGAGACUGUUGUGGAAAAGGUUGCCGAAACGGUUGCAGAGACUGCAGAAGUGGUUGCUGAAGUGGCAGAGGUUGUUGCUGAGACGGCAGAGGAGGUGGCAGCGGUGGCAGAGGAAGUACAGAAGGUUGCAGAGGAAGUAGAGGCAGCAGCAGAGGCUGUUGUAACUCCAGUCAUCCAAGCUGAAGAGCCGGUGUCAGAGAGCAAUGUGGCCCCGUCAGAGUCGGUCAGCCCAGCAGAUGCAGAAACGGUCGAGCUGGCUGCUGCCUCUGUGAUCGAUGUUGUUCCUGUGGAGUCUGGAGCUGUGGAAGACGUGCGUGUUGAAGCUGUACCAGAGAAGCCCAUUGAGGUGCCUGCAACAGAUAAUUUGGAAAGUGAACCAGCAACAGAGCUGGCUCCCAUUGCACCAGUGAUGGAAGAGGAGUCACCAGUAGCAGAAGAGGCACCAGAUACUGCUGUCGCAGAGGAAGUGUCUGCUGCUCCAGUGGCAGAAGAAGCACCAGUUUCCCCAGUUGUAGAGGAGCCACCUGUUGCUGUAGUGGUAGAAGAGGCUCCAGUAGCAGAGGAGACACCAGUUGAUUCACCAGUAGCAGAAGUAUUUGUUGCUCCAGUGGUAGAGGAAGCACCAGUUUCUCCUGUUGUAGAGGAGCCCCCUGUUGCUGUAGUGGUGGAAGAGGCUCCAGUACCAGGGGAGACUACAGUUGAUACACCAGUUUCCUCAGAAGAGGCAUCUGAUAUUCCUGUGAUAGAAGAGGAGGUGGUUUCCCCAGUGACUGAAGAGGCACCAGUUGCCCCUGUAGUUGAAACAGUACCAGUUUCCCCGGAAGCAGAGGAGGUAUCAGUUGCCCCAGUGAUUGAAGAUAUGCCUGUAGCACCUGUUCCAGAAGAAGCGCCACUUUCCUUGGUAACUGAAGAAGCACCUGUUGUAGCAACUGAAAAAACCGAGGAAACACCUGCAGCCACAGUAGCAGAAGAGGUUGUUCCUGUUGUACCAGUAGUUGGGGACAUCCUAGAAGGUGAAGAAGUGAAGGCAGCAGCAUGUUCAGAGGUGAUUGCAGAAAGUGCAGUUGUGGAGACUUCAGUAAGUGUGGUUGAGGAAGAAGCAGCAAGUCCGGUUGUGGAUGUUACAGAAAGUGUGGUUGAACCUGAUGUUGUGAGCACGGUGGUGGCAGAGGAAGUUUCUCCAGCUGAAACAUCAAGCGCACCUCAUGCUUUGGAAGACCCCAAACGAGACUUCAUAGUGGUUGUCUUGGAGGGAGGUCCUAAAACAGAAAAGAAGCCCAUGGUGCUUGGUGUGUCCCCCAUGACUGGCAGAAUCAUUCCAGCCCCUGGUGAUGGUGAAGAGCCAUCGGGUCAGGUAACAGGGCAAGCGCCAUUUGCUUAAAGUGCAGAUGUAUUAGCAGCAACUAAAAAAGUUGCAUGGAGUCAGAUGUCCUGGGAUAGUAAACUGGUUCCCUGAUAAAGAAUUAGUGAUGUGCCUUCCCCCUUCCCUAUUGCCUGCGUCCACAUUGAGCUCACCUACAAUUUGACCCCCUGGAUUUCAGUAGUCCUAACACUGGUCCAGAAUUCUGUUACCUUCCCUCUCAAGCUCUCUUUCCACUGACAUGCUGUCCACUGAUACAUGGUUACUUCAUGUGAACAUUCACUCCUCUCUGAUAUGAGACAUACAGGUUUCUUGACAAAAAUAUGCAUGAAAUGCUGUGGCCGAUCUUUUUAGCCUUUAUAAAUGGAACUUUUUGAGUCAAAUAAUCUAUAAAUACUCUUUUUGAGUCAACUGCACAUUGAAGCCUAUACUAUAGUUAACCCUACCUCAAACCUCACCUUAGUAGACAUUGCUGUGUCAAUCGUUACUAUACCAGCAAGGCUACAAAUUUGCCACAAACACUGCCAUACCUGCAUGCUGGCAACCAGCUUUCUGGUUAAACUUCAGGUUCUCCUCUAUUUUCAAUCUAUGCUAUUUUUCAUUUGCAUUAUUUAUGAACUUACACUAAAUGUGAUUCGUACCCCUCUACCUCAGCUUGACAUUACAGUGUUCUUUUUUACACAUUUCUACUAACCAGUAUUAGUAACCAGCUUGCAUUUACAAUGUGAAAUGACUAGGUUCGAAAACAACUGACAAACAGAUUGCAUUUAUUAAAAUAAUCAAAAAAAUAUUAUGCCAUGCCAAGUCAGAAUUCCAGUGUUUAUUUCCAAAGGCCAAGAAGCAAAUCCCACUGCUGCAUCCUUUGUCUUUGUUUUCCUCUUCUCUCUUAGUUUGUUGUAUUGAUCCAUCAGAGUCAGCCAUCAUCAUUAUAAAACCAGUUAUUAUAAAACAUUUUGCUUGACAAUAAAUUACUUUCCUUGUUGUCAAAAGCAAAGUCCCCAAACCUGUUAUGCCAAAGUUACACUUUCCUUGUUACCGUCAGCAUCAUUUUUGAUUCUCAUUGGAUUUGAAUUAGAUACAAAUCUUCUCUCAUUCAGAUUUUAGAAUGAUAGAUAGACAUACUAAAUUGAUUCACUAGGGAAAUUAAGGUCAGAUAAAUACAUGAAAAUAAUACCUAACUACCUACCUAGCAGUUUUGUCUUUUACUUCUUUAUAUGUUUGAAAAGGGACCUUGAGUAUUAUAAGUAAGAUUACAACUUUAUAAUGUGAAUGUGAGAAAAUAAUGUGAAGUAUGUUUCCGUAUCAUAAAGGGUCUGUUCACGGGUUCUUGUGAUUUUGUUUUAAGGGAUAGGGAUGUAAUACAUGUUCUUGUGCUGUUUUGAGGUUCCACUUUCACUGUAGGCCCUGAACUGGGUUUUUUAAAACUGUGAAUGUAUAUCAAAGGAAAAAUAAAGAAUUAAAACACA